AUGAACGAUAUUAUGUCGUCUACUUGUCUGUUGCUUUUUUGUGUUGUUCUCAGUGCCUCUUGUGGAAGCUACUCAUACUAUGAAGGCUUUGCUUACAAAACCAAUGGUGGAACAACACCCAAUGCUACUAUAAAUAGUUGCGUUUGUUCCUGUUUAUUAACAAGUGGCUGUACAGCAUUAACGUAUUACAAUGACAGUGAUAUAUGUUCCCUUGUUUAUGAUAAAAUAAUAACUGGGGAUUAUGUUAUGGUAAAUAGCACAGCUACAUUGCUGCUCGUUUCUGCUAAUAUUUCUUACGCACCUUAG